AUGUUCCAGCGAGCAAGUCGGUUCAUCGCCGCAGAGACAUGGAUGGCCGGGAGGCGCGAAGAGCACAAGAGAGUCAAGCCAGAGCCGCCCUGGCAGCAGCAAUCCGUUGCAUCACGGCAUAGGUUGGACAGAUCCGACCCGCUGGCACCGAGGCCCCCUCUCCCCGCCUUGAGCUCGUCCCAAACAGAAAUAUUUCUCCACAUAAGGGAGAAGGGACUGCUCAAAGAUCCAUAUCCGAUGAGGAGUUCACGAGAGCUUGCAGACCGAUCAAAGUACUGUCGCUUUCACCGGCAGCACGGGCAUGACACUGAAAAGUGUCGGGAGUUGAAAAGGCAGAUCGAGGAGCUUAUUCACAGAGGGCAUCUCGGUCAGUACCUUCGGUCGGACAAGGAACUUUCACCGCGCCCGGAGGGUCCCAUCGAGCGACACAUCGACGUGAUAGCUGGCGGUCCCGCAUCUGGCGGGGAUUCCAUGACCGGAAGAAAGGCAUACGCCCGAGCCGCCCCGGCCGAAGCUCCCAAGCACGGGCCCGAGCUUGAGGUCGCUUUCCCGGCCAUAGCAUCCGAACAAUCCAAGCAUGACGAUGCGCUCGUGAUAUCGGCCAGGAUUGCCAAUGCGCAAGUAAGAAGGAUCAUGGUCGAUAUCGGGAGCUCGGCCGACAUACUCUACUUCGAUGCCUUCCAAAAGCUCGGCUUGUCCAGAGACAACAUGAAGCCUAUGUGCUCGGCGCUCACCGGAUUCACCGGUGACUCGAUCUCACCGCUAGGGGCAAUCACUUUACCCUUGACCCUGGGAGCUCCGAUUCCCAAAGAGAUGUUCGUCGUCAUGUGA